CUACCAGUUUCAUUACACAUGUCUGACUUCUUUUUCCAUUCCUUUUCUUCUCCGACCAACCUCCGACAAACGUAACUAACACUCAGACAAACCAACACAAAUUCCGCAGAUACCUCUCUUCAUCAUCAUUUCAAGAUCCUUCUUCUUCCUUCUUGAAAAUAUCAAUUCACGGACCAAACUCCAACCUUCUUUCAUGGCACACCGUCAACUCAUAGAUUCACUUACUUCCCACAUCUCCCUCUACCAUUCCCAUUCCCCUAACCCUAACCCUAACCCUAACCCUAGAUCCUCCAUCCUCAAAUGGUUCUCUUCCCUCUCAAUUCACCACCGUCUCUCAUAUCUCACAAUCCUCGAUCACAAUUUCAUCCUCAUCCUUCUUCAAAUGCUUAACAAACUCCAAUCCAACCGUCACACUUCCUUCAUCCUCCUCGCUGAUCUCCCCUCUAGGGACCCACCUUUCCUCCCCACCUUGUGCUUCAAGAAAUCUCACGGUCUUUUAUCUCGAAUCGCCGAUAAAGAUACCGCUUGUCAGUUCAUCUCCGAAUCUGUUCGCCUUUUUGAUUCACGCGAAGGUGAAAAUUCUUCCUCUUCGCCUUCGCACGCCACGUGUUCGAUGAAAUGCCUAGAUGGCAAAAACAGCAAAAAAUCGCAGGCCACAUGUUCGAUGAAAUGUCUAGACGGUGAAAAUUCACGUGCCACAUGUUCGACGAAAUGUCUUGACGCAAUGACUUUUACGGAGAAGUUUGUGGAAAAUGUGGAUAGAUUUGUGGAGGUGAUGGAUGAGAUUUCGGGGGGAGGGUUUCUUAGAGGGGAAGAAAGUGAGAUAGGUGAAGAUUGGGUGGAAUUGAAUUGGUUGAAAUCGAAGGGGUAUUACCGGAUUGAGGCGUUUAUUGUGAAUAGGGUUGAGGUUUCGAUGAGAUUGGGUUGGAUGAAUAGUUGUGGUGGGAAGAGGAGAGGGGUGAAGUUGAAAGAGAAGAUGAAUUUGGCUGGGGUUGCGGCGAAUGUGUAUUGGAGGAAGAAGGGGUGUGUUGAUUGGUGGAGGAAUUUGGAUUCUGUGAUGAGGAAGAAAGUGUUUGAUACUAUUCUUAUGAAGUCCGCUAAGGCUUUGACAUAUGAGGUUUUGAAAAUGGCAAGCAGUGCAUCCAAGGAUGCGGUUUGGCUAUACAAUAGGGGGGAGGGAGUUGAUAAACUACUUGACUAUAAUUGUACUGCAUCUUCUCAAAGGACCAUCCGAGCAUUUCGUGAUGAUACAGAAUUUGGAAGAAUUAUUACACCAGUCAGCCUUCGUAAAAAGCCUGCAGCUUUAUCCAGAGCUUUACAUUCCUUAUCUGUGCUUCAAGACAUUAGCAUACUGUUAACAUCAAGCCUUAAUAGUGAAUAUGAUGUAGAAACUCUGUUCUUUAGUUCGUUGGGUUCUGUCUCUACAAUAUCUGAUUGUAUAUUAAGAAAAUUGAGAGGUUUUCUGAUGGUUAUUUCACUUGACUGUACAAAACAUGAGCUAUUAGAGGAGUUUGACAAACCCUCAUCGGGUAAACCAAAGGAAAAACUCGGUCUUUCUAAUCGUAAAAAGAAGGGACGAACCCGCAAUACUAAAAAACAAAAUCCUGCCCAAAAGUCAUCUGUAAAUGGUGUUUCGCAUGAAAAUAUUCAUAAGGACAUUGAUUGUAUAGUGGACAAUGAAAAGAAGACCGACAUAGCAAAACCCAGGGAACUUCCUGAUGUUCCUCUAGUGAAGGAUAUCUCUACGGAGGGCUCGUCAUCAACUGUAAAAAUUGUAGAUAAUACUCGGGAACUGAAUGUUGGCAAACCUCGAACCACUCCAAGAAAACGUAGAAAAGAGAAAAAUAAAAAUAAAAGCACCCCUGUUGACAGUGCAGUUGUAGAUUCUCACAAGUCAAUUACACAUGUUGCCUCUACCACUGCUAUUUCUAAAGUUGAGGUGGCAAUAUGCGAUAGUUCUUUUGAUAGUUCUACCAUUCAGAAUGUAAAAAAUGACGAUUCAAUUGGUAAUGACAUCCUUGCUUCAAAUUCAAGCCUUUGUUGUUCUCUUAAUGGACUUACCAAGGAAAACAGCUCUACGAGGAGUGUUGAAGAAGAGAAUGUUGGUGGUCUUGCUGAAAGUUGCAAUAGUUCAGGUCCUCAGUGUUGUUUAUUGUCAAAUGAAAGAAAAAAAUUGUCUUCUGAAUUAGAUACUUGUGAUGUAGAAUGUAAAGUCAUAACACCGCCUGUACCUGCUUCAAAGAAUGGUAGUUUAUCUGGUAACAAAGAUACCUGUUCUUUGAACACAACAAGUGCUGCCAAAGCUGAUGUGAAGUCAACUAUUAAUGACAAACCGAUUAGAGAGGUUAAUGUAAAAGAAUUUGGCAUGUUGAAGGAGAGAGAUAAAUGUCUAUUUGACAGCAGAAAUUCUGCUUUCUCAAAAUGCAGUCCAUAUGAAUGGCCUGGUAUACCUUCUAUUUACUUUCCAUCUUUUAACUCACAUCUCCCUCCUGCAACAGACAGACUGCAUCUGGAUGUUGGGCGCAAUUGGCAUAAUCACUUCUGCCACCCAUUUGUUCCCACAUUACAGCAAGCAAGAAAUACACCUGUUCCUAUGAGUUUUGACUGGCCCCCAGUUUUUCGUGGGGGUGUGACCCCAUCACCAAAUUGUAAUUAUGACUCUAGUUUUAUGUCUAGGCGGCAAUGUAAAUUUUCAAAAGGGCUGGCUGUUCACAGCAUGCAGGUUGAUGCAACAACUCAUGAUGAUGAAAGGAGGUACUCUGGGGAUACAUUGGAUUUACCUGACCAAAUAAAUACACAGUUCACAGAUGAAUUUGACAACCUCUAUGUAUCAGAGGAAGAGUAUGACUUUCAUGCUGUUUCUGGUAUAGAUUAUAAUCAAUACUUUGGUGGCGGUGUAAUGUACUGGAACCCUUCUGAAAAUCCAGGAAAAGGUUUUUCUCGGCCUCCCUCUCUCAGCUCUGAUGACAGUUUAUGGGCUUUGCGUGAAGCUGACAUGAAUAGGACAGUGGAUGAUAUGGUUGCUUUCUCUUCUUCAUAUAGUACAAAUGGUUUAGCAUCUCCAACAGCUGCAACAUUUUGCUCUCCCUUUGAUCCUGUAGGGACUGGGACCCAGACUGUUGGUUAUGUAAUGUCUGGUAAUGAUGUACCUGGGAAAGUGUUGCAUUCUUCAUCAGUUACAGAUUCAGCAGUGGAUGAUGAUGCUUCUAGUUCUUUGGGUAAUAACUUACCUGGAGAAAUUGAAGGGAAGGCUGGUGAUUCACAUCCAUAUCCAAUUCUAAGGCCAAUAAUUAUUCCUAACUUGUCUAGGGAAAGGUCUAUAUGUGUUGAUCAUAAAAGCCCUUGUGUUCCUCCUACCAGGCGGGAGCAGCCUCGCAUAAAGCGGCCACCAUCACCCGUGGUGCUUUGUGUACCACGUGCACCACGCCCUCCUCCACCCUCCCCUGUGAGUGACUCCAGGAAACAAAGGGGUUUUCCAACUGUUAGGUCUGGUAGUUCCAGCCCAAGACACUGGGGAAUGAGAGGCUGGUAUCAUGAUGGAAGUAAUUUAGAGGAUGGUUGUUUAAGAAUGGAUGGUGCUGAAGUUGUGUGGCCUUCUUGGAGAGGUAAAAACAUUGCAGUACAGCCUCUGAUUCAACCUUUACCUGCUGCCUUGCUGCAGGACCGCCUGAUUGCAAUGUCACAGAUAGCACGUGACCAGGAACAUCCGGAUGUUACCUUACCUCUGCAACCUCCCGAGUUACGGAGCUGUUCUGCAACAAGUGCAUCUUUAUCUUCCAUGCACGGAAUGCUCCAUGAUGAGAUUGACUCUUUCUGUAAACAGGUUGCGGCAGAAAACCUGGCAAGGAAGCCUUACAUUAAUUGGGCUGUCAAGAGAGUUACCCGAUCUCUGCAGGUUCUAUGGCCCAGAUCUAGGACAAACAUAUUUGGUUCCAAUGCCACUGGGAUGGCUCUUCCAACAAGUGAUGUCGACCUUGUGGUUUCUCUCCCACCAGUGAGGAACCUGGAACCUAUUAAAGAAGCUGGAAUAUUGGAAGGUCGAAAUGGUAUUAAAGAAACAUGUCUUCAGCAUGCAGCUAGGUAUCUUGCCAAUCAGGAAUGGGUAAAAAAUGAUUCUCUGAAAACAGUGGAAAAUACUGCUAUACCUAUUAUUAUGCUCGUGGUGGAAGUACCCCAGGAUGUUAUCACUUCAUCAGCUCCUACGUUACAUUCAUUAAAAGAAGAGUCACACAGUACAACUGGUGAACAUGUUAAUGACAGUCAUUCUGAUAUUAUUCAGUUAGAAGAUUCAGCAUUGUUGAAAAGGUCUCAAACUAAUGUUUAUGCUUUGAAAGAUUCCAAUUCUGUUCGCGUUGACAUCAGCUUCAAGUCCCCAUCACAUACAGGACUCCAAACUACAGGAAUGGUUAAGGAGUUGACUGAACAAUUUCCUGCUGCUACUCCUCUUGCUUUGGUGCUAAAACAGUUUUUAGCAGACCGGAGCCUUGACCAGUCCUACUCUGGUGGAUUAAGUUCCUACUGUUUGGUAUUAUUAAUUAUACGUUUUCUUCAGCAUGAGCACCAUCUUGGCCGGCCAAUCAACCAAAAUUAUGGAAGUCUUCUGGUGGAUUUUCUUUACUUUUUUGGGAACGUGUUUGAUCCCCGUCAUAUGCGGAUAUCUGUUCAGGGAAGUGGACUUUAUAUAAAGAGAGAAAGAGGUUGUAGCAUUGAUCCAAUUCACAUAGAUGAUCCUCUUUUUCCAACAAAUAAUGUGGGAAGGAAUUGUUUCAGAAUACAUCAAUGUAUUAAGGCAUUCUCAGAAGCUUAUACGGUUCUUGAAAAUGAACUGACGUUCUUAAGUGGUGAUGGUGAGUCAAGCUCAAGACCAUCUUACAGAUUGCUUCCGAAAAUCAUCCCAAGUCUUGAUGUAUCAUAAAGAUUCUUGUUACAUGAAGACUGAAAAGUUUUGUCUCAAAGGUACAAUUGAAAAGUUGUUUCAAAGGUUUUUGGGUUUGUGCGAAGUUAUGCAUGCCAAAAUAUUGGUCUGUUACUCUAGUGAUGCAGAGUAUACAUAGAAUGAUGGAAACUGAAUCAUUAACUGAAGGCUUGCAUUCCAAAUAUUGGUUCAGAAGUUGAACAAUUCAAAUAUUUCUGUGAUGACCUCCAAGCGCUGCAUACGCCUAUGGUGUUAUCUUGCAUUUGAUCACAAGUUUUUUCACUGUACUUGAUGCCAAGAACUUGCUUAGGACUUGUAUUAUUGUGGUAUAUGGUGGAUCAUCUUGGGGGUUUAAACUAAUUACUUCUCAAUCACUGGUUCCCUGCCCUUUGCUGGUGAGCUCUUUAAUGCCUAAUGAAUUACAUCAGUGAAGUUGUUUAGAACAUAAGAUAUGUUGCUGAUGCCACCCAAAUAAUUGCACACUUCUUGUUUUGGCAGUUGGAAGCAAAUUGUGUCAUUCACUUCUAUUUUUUUCAUCGAGUUUUUUUUUUUUUUUAACAUUUUCUUCUCAGUUGAUGAGAAGAGGCAAAAGAUUACCCAAGGGAGUUUUCUUGGUACAAAUAAAUGCAAUGUCUGGCAGGAUUUGAAGAGUGGCAGGAUAAGCACCUAAGCACUGCCACUGGUGAAAUUCUCCCUUAAAAGUUAGCAGACAAGGGCAAUGAGUCAAGCCACAAGAGUGUAUGUUUGGAUGACGGUUAAUUUGGUAAAAUCAUAGUGGCAUUGUGAUUUUGUUGAAGCUCCAAAGUCUAGCUUUUGCCAAAAUUGCGGUGGCUCACUGUGAUUCUGCCAAUCCCAGACUACACGAAGUACUCUCCAUCGAGCAUCCCAUACUACUCGAUGUGGGACUUAGAAACCCCUUUAAACCCAAAUUCCUAUAAUAGCUACAACCCCUUACUCGACCUUUUUCAAGUUAACCCUUCUGUAGGUAGCCGUUUUUGAGAUACCAAUAAUCAGCUCUAAUACCAUAUGAUAAACAUCCAAGAACUUGACAUUCCUUCCCUUAAAAACCAACUGUCCAAAAGAAUCAAACAGCUUAAGUGUACUCUAUCAGUUGCUCUGUACUACACGAUGUUGGACUUAGGCACCCCAUAAAAAUGAAGCCCCAAUCAUCUUGCAAGUUAUUCUCUAGAUAUUUUAUCUUCCUUUUGUCAUUAUUUUCAUAUCAAAAUAAGCUUCGGACACAGUAAAAGACUGUUAUCAAUUUUGUUUUGUAACUUAACUGAAUUUGGCUAUUGCUAAUGCUUAAUUCAUUGUGAAUUAAGAUCGUGCCAUCUUUGAACUGAUUGGAGAGGGGAUCUCAUUGUUGUCUGAAAUUUAUGAAAAUUGUAUGACUGCGAUUCUUCUUUUGGCUAGUAUUUGAAAUUUUGAGGCUGAGUUUUGGUGCAUAUUUGAGGUCAUUGAAAAGCAAGGGAUUGCACGAUCUUUGUGAUCCUCCGUAAACUUCAAAUAUGGGGGUUCGGUAGAGAUACUAUAUUAUUGCCCCUGGCUCAAGGUACUGUAUAACAACAUGAGGAAGUUUAUUUCAGGUUUACUGCUUUCGGUAGAAACGUGAAAGCAAAUGUAGAACAAGUUGGUUGGAAUUGAUCUCUAAUGGAAUUAUGCCAUGAUAAAUCGUCUCAAUUUGAACCACAUUAUUGGUUUGAAGUACGUUGCUAGAUGAUGUUGGAAGAUGAAUGCAAAUCUCAAAACAUGAAGUGUGUGUGAUUUGAAAUGCCAUGUUUCCUAGUUUACCAUUAUAUUUUAUAUAGUUUCAAGCAUUGAGAGAAUGCUUGAUGAUUGAAAAAUGACUUGGGAAGUAUGCCAGCAUACAUAAAAUAAAUUCCAAGCAUUUAGUAUUCGAUGAAAGUUUAGAGCAAUUACUGCUAGAUUCAAUUUGCCUAAUUUUUUUUAAUAAACCUGUAAUAUCUUGAUAUUCCAAAAAUUGAAGUUUCUGCUCAACAGUAGUGAAUUUAAAUUACUUCAACGUGCAA